AUGGCCAACAAACCUGCAUACGUCGCGAAUGGCGAGAUCAAGAAGAGCGCGCCCGUCACAACGCAGCUGUCGGGAGCUGCGGGUACUGUUGUCCUCUUCAUAAUUCUCUACUUCUGGUCUCUGUUUUCCCUCGAUGCCUUCCAAGCCGCUCGCGAGUGCCCGUAUCGACAUGCCGUAACGGAUGACCGACCGCAACGCAACGAGGACUGGGGUAUUGGGUACCGCACAAAUGAAUUCAGACGCCCACGUGGAGCGAGAGAAGGAAGACUGCAUCUUGAUGGUCCCACAAUGCCUGGACCUGCGGUUCCGUGCCGCGGUUGCGGUGGUGGAUUCAUCUAG